GUGAAAAUCAUUACAAUUGGCCCAACAUAGUGUCGUCGUAUCACUCAAUUGGAAAACACUCGACACACCAUUCUGGUCUCUAGAACCUUCCACCAUUUGCAGCCUUGAGAGUUGAGGUACUCGCCGACCUGCCGAACAUCCAAACCUUUUCAUUAUUCCAGUCGCGAAAUCAGUUUCCGUUUGAUCAUCCUUACAAUUCCUAGAUCAUAAGAGUUUCCCCAAUUGCAAAAAAAUGGCGACUGUGAUGCAGAAAAUCAAAGAUAUUGAAGAUGAGAUGGCAAGGACUCAGAAAAACAAAGCUACUGCACAUCACCUUGGACUGCUUAAGGCUAAACUUGCAAAGUUACGGAGAGAACUGUUGACGCCCACAUCAAAAGGAGGUGGUCCUGUUGGUGAAGGUUUUGAUGUCACAAAAAGUGGAGAUGCCCGAGUUGGGUUAGUUGGCUUUCCAUCUGUUGGAAAAUCGACACUGCUUAAUAAGUUGACUGGGACUUUUUCUGAGGUUGCUUCUUAUGAAUUUACUACCUUGACUUGCAUUCCUGGAGUGAUAAUGUAUAGAGGAGCAAAAAUUCAGUUGCUGGACUUACCAGGUAUCAUUGAGGGCGCCAAGGAUGGUAAAGGUAGAGGAAGGCAGGUCAUCAGUACUGCAAGGACUUGUAAUUGUAUUUUAAUUGUUUUAGAUGCAAUAAAGCCAAUAACUCACAAGCGUCUCAUAGAAAAAGAGCUCGAAGGCUUUGGGAUAAGGUUGAACAAGGAACCGCCCAAUUUAACCUUCAGGAAGAAAGAAAAGGGUGGCAUUAAUUUGACCUCUACAGUUACGAACACACAUUUGGAUCUGGAGACUGUGAAGGCAAUAUGUAGUGAAUACAGAAUUCACAACGCUGAUAUCACGCUUCGUUAUGAUGCGACUGCCGAUGAUCUCAUUGAUGUUAUUGAGGGAAGUAGGGUUUAUAUGCCAUGCUUAUAUGUCAUAAACAAAAUUGAUCAGAUUACCCUUGAAGAGUUGGAGAUUCUGGAUAGACUUCCUCAUUACUGCCCAAUCAGUGCUCAUCUGGAAUGGAACCUUGAUGGCUUGCUGGAGAAGAUCUGGGAAUACCUAAAUCUUACUCGUAUUUAUACAAAACCUAAGGGAAUGAAUCCAGAUUAUAAUGAUCCUGUCAUCCUUUCAUCCAGAAAGAGAACUGUAGAAGAUUUCUGCGAUCGAAUUCACAAGGAUAUGGUGAAACAAUUUAAGUAUGCUCUAGUUUGGGGAUCAAGUGUGAAGCACAAGCCGCAAAAAGUUGGCAAGGAACACGAACUUGAGGAUGAAGACGUCGUUCAAAUCAUCAAAAAGAUCUGAUUGAGGCUGUGGCAUUCAUAUUUUGACUCGAGUUCGGUAGAGACAUUGGCUAAGUUAUAGAGGUCAUGUUCUUAAUGUGAACGAUCGGCUCUGUUUUUUGAGAAGGCUUUGGCUACCAUGUCAUUUUAUGUUUCCUGUAUUGCAAUGUGGAUUGUUUAAAGAUGUUUUAGAUGUACAUGUAGAAAAGUGAUUGCACCAACUUGUUGGCUAUGGUUUUGACAUGUUCACGAUAAAUAAUUCGGUUUCAUUAAAAAAGGCGAAAACAAGGGUCCUUUCAAAACGAAACCGAGGGUUAUUACCCAGUGUUCAUGGAUUUCGUUUACGUACUUGUUGUUCCUUGUUCCGAGCUACUAUCAACCUCGAACCUUAAGCGGCUAUGCUAAAGUAUAAAAUGUAUUGGCUAAAAAUAUACUUGCUUAGUAGGUCAUUUUAAAAAAAAAAUAGCAUUAUAAAAGGAAACAUCCUCUCCUUCUUUUUGGCUAAGUUAUAGUAUGUUAUGUGA